CGACGCUCGCUCGGGAGGGGCUUUCUCUGUAGUUUCCUAAGCAGGCUGACGUUCGUCUGCAUUAGUUAGCGGCGCUAAGAAUUAGGCGGUGGGGGAUCGGGGCCGAGCAGCAUGGAGCUUUAAACAGGAAACGUCUGUGUAGACUCGCGCUGAACGCAGGCGGUUACACCAAAGAGGAAGAAGCGAGUAUCUGCUGGUCGCAUCUGUUCUCCUUGGAGCUGCACUCUGCCUCUCACCCCAAAGCACCUUUAUCAACAUCCUCUGUGUUGGGGGGGACAGGAAAGUCAAAAAACCCAGCAUCACCUCCUGUUGUUUGUGUUCAUACACCCCACCAGCCCGGCCAUGUCGCUGGCCCUGAAGCAGGUCUUCAAUAAAGACAGGACGUUCCGACCCAAGCGCAGGUUCGAGCCAGGCACCCAGCGCUUUGAGCUGCACAAGAAGGCACAGGCAUCGCUGAACGCAGGGCUGGACCUGAAGCUGGCUGUACAGCUGCCGCACGGCGAGGAUCUCAACGACUGGGUGGCCGUGCACGUGGUCGACUUCUUUAACCGCAUCAACCUCAUCUACGGCACCAUCAGCGACUCGUGCACGGACCAGACCUGCCCGGUCAUGUCCGGAGGGCCCAAGUAUGAGUACCGCUGGCAGGAUGAGCAGCGGUACAAGCGCCCUACGGCUCUGCCCGCCCCCACGUACAUGAGCCUGCUGAUGGACUGGAUAGAGAUGCAGAUCAACAAUGAGCAGAUCUUUCCCACCAACGUCGGUACUCCCUUCCCCAAGAGCUUCUUUCAGGUGGCCAAGAAGAUCCUGUCGCGCCUCUUCCGAGUGUUCGUCCAUGUGUACAUCCACCAUUUUGACCGUGUCAGUCAGAUGGGGGCAGAGGCCCACGUUAACACCUGCUACAAGCAUUUCUACUACUUUGUUACUGAAUUCAACCUUAUAGACCACAAGGAGCUGGAACCAUUGAAAGAGAUGACAUCACGGAUGUGUCGCUGAAAGGGAGAACGCCGCCAAAAGACCAGCGGGACCAAUGAAACGAUGAGUUAAGGGGGAGAGAGUGAAGUAAAAAGCAGUCUCCAAAGACUCUAUUUUUAUAGACUUAAAGUACUGUAAUAUUCUAUAGCAAGAUACAUGUUAACAUCCCUCCUUUCUUUGUGUAGGUGAAUGUUCUUACUAGAAACCAGUAUUAGCAAUUUUCAUGUUUUGUUUUCCUCACAAAAUGAUUCAGAAUCAUUCCAGUACUUUUUUUUUUUUUUUUUUGCUGUUUUUACAGUCUGAAACAUACAGAUUAUAUUUGUGAAUAUUUAUGUAUGUAUUUGGGACAUUAAAUGUAUUCUGAUAGAAAUGUU